CCAGGUGUAGAUGUGACCUAGUUUUAUACAGUGCAGGUAAUUUGAAUGAUACUUACAGGUUAUUUCAGGUAACUUGCUUGCUGAUUACAGAUAUGAAGGCUGGUUCGUGUUAGUGUUUUUCGCUCCAGUGAGCUUUUGACACUCUGCUGAAUUGAAUAGAGACAUAACUACAAAAUGGGAAAACAAUUUGUAUUUUUAGCAAUAGUUUUGUUUAUGAUUCUUGCCUCCCUGGCUCUAACACUUGUCGGAAUUCUAACAGAUAACUGGUACUCUGUAUCUACCGAAGACAAAUCCAACACAACGUUCGAAUCGAAAUGGAAUUAUCAUUAUGGCAUGUGGAAAAGAUGCUACAAUACAUUACCGAACGAGCUAAAAGAAUCUAUGAAAACUGGAGAUUGUGUGUAUAUUUAUAAAGAUUUGAUAAAAAGAAACGAACAUGAUUUAUCUUAUGAUGAUCGAUUACAUUUACAUUUGUCUAGAAGUUAUGUGGCGUUUGCUAUUGUUUGUGGGGCAGUGCAAUUAUCUACCCUUUUAACUCUAAUCUGUGGAGUAUGGCCUGCGAAAUGUAAACUCAUCAAAAGAUCUCGGCUAUACCUAUCAUCAGCUCUAAUGUUACUCUUAGCCACCAUGUGUGGUAUAGUCAGUGGAAUAUGUUUCAUAGCUCUCCGUGAUUCCGAUGCAGAUAUUAAUAAAAUCUACCCACUAGGCGUCGCUGUCAACUAUGGUUGGUCAUUUAUGAUACAUUGGAUAGCAACAGGCUUGUGUCUGGUGGAGAGUUUUAUAUUAUUGUGCUUACUGAAAGAAUCUUAUGAUGACGUGGCCGAGAAGUUCUCCUAUUAUAAUAUCUAUUAAACAAAAGUGAAAAUGCAGCAUCAGCAUUUUAUACGUAUAUUACUUUGCAAAAUCCCAACUCUAAAAUUAUGUUCAUCCUGUAGGUAUAGUAUAUUAUACGUUAUAAAAACUGCGAUAUAUAAUUACAAACGGCCCUAAAUGAAAGUGGAGUAAUUAAAUUAUAUGAAAGAAUGUGAUAAGAUCUUAUGACGUGCUGCCAAGAGUUGGUGACGUGCUACUCAGGCUAGAUUUGACGAGGUGCUACUCAAUUUGGUGACAUGGUAGGCCUACACUGUCUAGAUCGGACGACACAUUACUUUGAUUUGGAUUAUUUAUGUUAGUAACAGUUCCACUUUUGAUCACGUUGCAGUUGAUAAGUAUCACUCGCUAGCGGCAAUGCUUCCGAUAACAAAUGCGCAUUGUACAUGAGUAAUAUAAUACGUGACCGUUAAACCCCAUUUCUCUCUCUCUCUCUCUCCCGUCGAAGUCGCGGAGCCUACAUACAUGUAAUUAUUUCACCAAUAGUUCAAUGGUCACUAAAAUCAUUGUGUGUAUUUUAUUUGUUAAAACAAAAUGUGUUUUAACUGGUUUUUGAAAUUUGUCUGAAAUGCUAUAUAACUUCAAUAAAGGAUAUAAGCAUGCUCGUGUGUGUCAGUAAACAUAUAAUUAAUGGAUGCCCUAACCAGUCAUGGAAAUAAUUUUUCCAUGUUUAUAAAUUUUAAAAUGUAUAAAAUUGUACAUAUAGUUUUUAAUGAUUUAGCAUAUAUUUUUGUACAUCAUAAAGGCACAAUAUACCUGACUAAAGUUGUCCCAAAAUUAUCAUAUUCACGGCCAUCUAUCGACUGAUGGAUAACUCAUUUCUACCCAUAGGGUAGGUAUAAGCAUCGACGCCAAGAUGGUAUCCGAAUUCCGUUUUUUUAAUCCAAUAAAUUACUGAUACUUUUCAUUUCUUACUUUUGUUAAAUUUAAAUAAGAAUGUAGGCGUACAUCAAUGUGUCAUCAUUGCUAUGACGUUAAAUUUUACAACCCACUGCCUCGACUCUUACGUGAAUAUACAGGUCUAAGGGGUUAUAGUUAAAAUUCAUUAUAAAAAACUAUCUUUGUCACUACAUUAUAACAUCUAUUUCUGACAUCUCUACUUAACCAUGCAUUAUACAAGAGUCAAGUUUGCCUAUAUAAACUAUUAAUUAAACAUUUAUUAACUUGACAAGACCAUAAUCAACUUCUCGAUGCCAUCUGAUGUGUCCGAUUUUCCACAGAUUUGAAUCCGAUCUGCUGUUCAAUGGCCGUUGAUCAUUUACCGUUUAUCAUCGUAAAACUGUAACAAUGACAAUCAUGAUAUAGUGUUAAUAAAAUGAGGAUUUCUCCGCUUAGAGUGAAGUAAUUUGACUAAAAUGUUCAGCAUACCCCCUUUACAUUAUCUAUUGUUUAAACUUAUAAAGCGCUGAACUGUCAGCUCUUCCAUAAUGCCGUUUUAAUAAUUGAAAGAUAUGAAUUUAAUAUAAUUUGGAAGGGCGCCGCUGAAUUAAGGGUCAUGAAAGAUGUAUUCGGCUUGAAAAGAAGUAGUAUUAUUUGAGAACGAUUGAAGGGAAGUAACUCUAAACACAAAGAAUGGCUGGCGAAAUCGACCAGGUCUCAACUUAAUAUUCAAUUUUACACCUAAAACAGUUUAUUGUAUAUAAUUUUGAAUAAAAUGUAUUUAUUUUUUGUAA